CUCCUGCAACUAACAAUUCAAAUAUUUCUAUUUUUAAAAGUGAAAAAGGAGGGUUAUGUAAAAGCUCAGGAAACUGGUAAUGAAAAACAGGGUCUCCACUUUCUGGGCUCUGUCUCCUGCCGCAGCUGAUUUCCCUGCACCUCCGAGCCGACUCGGGCUGUCCAGAGCGCAUCAGUGUGGGGAUGUUCUGCUCACUGCCCCCCACACCAGCACAGGCUCGCUUCCCCCUGCACCUGCAGCAUCUGGUGAACGUGGCAGAGAAAGCAGCAGAAACACCAAAUCUGAUCAGUUUGCUUCUUUCUGCUCUUAAAACAGCACUGGGUACAUCAGGCCUUCUGCUCUGGUGACCAGCUGGAAAAAGCCGGGACAACAUAUUCCUCCAGCCUGGGAGCAAGCAGCUGGGUGCAACUUUGGAGAAAGGCACCGUUAUUAAUGUAAUCGGCACGGGAGAGAGCACGGCCUCACUAGGGAACGCCUACAGCCUGGCCUUGCCAGGCGGGUGAGCCCGGGACAUGCGGGAGCCAGCUCCGGUGCGAACGGGAACUGGUACCGGAGCUCAAAGGAGCUGGUGCCUGGAGCAGACCCGGGAGCUCGUGCCUGGGACAGCCGGUGCGCGGAGCAGCCGGUGCGCGGUGCCUGUGCGCGCAGGGGGCGGUGCGCGGUGCAGCCGGUGCCCACAGGAGCCGGUGCGCGGUGCGCGCAAGGGGCGGUGCAGCCGGAGCGCGGUGCAGGGUGCAGCCGGUGGCUGAUACCCACAGGAGCUGGUGCAGCCGGUGCACAGUGCGGACAAGGGGCGUGUGCGGGCGCGCAGGGGGCGGUGCAGCCGGUGCCCGGUGCGGUCGGUACCUACAGCAGCCGGUGCACGCAAGGGGCGGUGCAGCCGGGGCCCCGUGCAGCCGGGGCGCCGGUGUCCCCAGGAGCCGGUGCCCGGAGCGCGGCGGGUCCCGCGGGGGCGGCGGGCUUGGGGCCAUGCGGAGCCCGGGCUGAGGCUUCGCGGCCGCCCCUCGCCAUGAAGCGGCAGAACCUGCGCACGGCCGCGCUCAUCCUCUGCAUCUUCUCCUACCUGCUGGUGGGCGCCGCCGUGUUCGAUGCGCUGGAGUCGGAGGCGGAGAGCGGACGCAAGCGGCUGCUGGAGCAGAAGCGUGGGGAGCUGCGGAGGAAAUACCGCUUCUCCGCUGACGAUUACCGGGAGCUGGAGCGGCUGGUGCUGCAGGCCGAGCCGCACCGCGCCGGCCGGCAGUGGAAGUUCGCCGGCUCGUUCUACUUUGCCAUCACAGUCAUCACCACCAUCGGCUAUGGGCAUGCUGCUCCUGGCACAGAUGCCGGCAAAGUUUUCUGCAUGUUCUACGCCAUCCUGGGCAUCCCUCUGACACUGGUCAUGUUCCAGAGCUUGGGAGAGCGCAUGAACACUGUCGUGCGGCUGCUGCUGAAGAAGAUCAAGAAGUGUCUGGGCAUGAGGACAACCAACGUCUCCAUGGAGAACAUGGUCCUAGUUGGCUUUCUCUCCUGCAUGGGGACCCUGUGCAUCGGCGCAGCAGCCUUCUCUUAUUUCGAGGGCUGGACUUUCUUUCAUGCCUAUUAUUACUGCUUCAUAACUUUGACCACUAUCGGUUUUGGAGAUUUUGUGGCUCUGCAGAAGAAUGAGGCUUUGCAAAAGAAGCCCCCAUAUGUGGCUUUCAGCUUUAUGUACAUCCUGGUGGGCCUGACCGUCAUUGGCGCCUUCCUCAACCUGGUGGUGCUGCGGUUCCUGACUAUGAACUCUGAGGAUGAACGGCGGGACGCGGAAGAGCGCGCCUCGCUGAGGAGAGCUCAGAACAACAUCCACCUCAAGCCAAAAGAGGACAGCCAGAGCAGCAAUGCCAUUUUUCUCCCUGUGGAGGACAGGACGAGCCAGAUGAACCUCAUCCCACUGAUCCAGGAGGAUGCAGAGAGGCAGCGGUGCCAGUCAGCCAACUCAGCAGCUGCAGUCCCCUCUUUCUGCACUUGCCUGUGCUACAGACCUCAGCUGUGUGGCAGCCCAGUGCCCUCUCACCCCGAGACCCUGAGCUGCCACACCAACCCCGUGUAUUACAACUCCAUUUCUUACAAAAUCGACGAGGUCUCCCUGAGCACGCGGGGUCAGACUGGCUCUUCACCGGGGAGCACUUUAUCAUCCAGCAGCCCUCGCUGCCAGCAACGCCCCCGGCUGCGGAGGAAAUCCAUCUAGGAGCACGUGCUGAGCCGUACUCAGUGGCUUGAGUCUUACCAUGAUGAUAAAUAAUGAACAGAGAUGUCAGGUCCUUCUUACUGCUCUCAUUUCUUCUGUUCCUCUGCCCUGUCAGCUGGCAGCCAGCCCCACGCAGGGGCCAGCAGGAGCCUUUAAACCUCAUUGAGAAGUAAUUAUUCCUUUUUGCAGGCACUGAACUACAUUGUUAGUUUUCUUUGCUUUUUCCUCCCCAGUAGGUUCAACCAUUUAGGUCUGAAGUCCAGCAAGCUGCAGGUUUGCUUUCCCACCUCCCUGCUCCCCAAACGGAGGUGUUGCUGCCUUCCCACCCUGCCUAACCUUGGCUGGGGCUGCUGCCAGCACAUGCUGCAUGGGCUGGAUUGCACUUGCUGAGAGCAGAUCAAAAGCAAAACCUGUGUUAGUGAACCCUGCAGGCUGGGGGAUCUUUAAGUUGUCCCCCAACCCUGGGUGCAGGUAAGUCGGUGCCAUGCAGCAGGUUUGCAGGUGGUGGAUGGGCAGAGAGAGGUGGGCGGAAGGGGACGGACUGCAGUCAUGCUGCUCAGCACACGGGGACAGCUUCAUGGCACUGCAUCUCCAGUGAGCAGCCCUUGGGCUCUGAGCUCAGGUUUGUGGCUGGCUCAGGACUUUCAGAAGCUUGAGGCCCAUACAGUCACCCACCAGCACACCUCACCCUGCUGGCGCAAGUCACUCAGGCUGAGUGGUGACCCCAGAGCGUACAGAGGGCACAGCCCAUGAAGAAUCUCCCUCAACCACAAAACGCCACCUCGCACUGAUUAGAUCACUAGCUAAAAUCACCCUUUCCUUCACCACUUUUCCUCUAGCUGGCAGCCCUGCAAGCCUGCCUGCUCCUUGCCUCCCUCCCAUGGGUUUGUGCUCAUUGCUGCUAGGAUUAUCAGAAGCAAGGUGAUCCUGUCUCAAUGUGUGCCCCCAGUGUAGUACCUGCACAGCCCUACCUGAUGGCACAGCACCCCCCUGGGCUGUUUCCAGCUGAUUCUCCCCCAUUGUGGCUCAUUUCCAUGCUGGCUUGACUGCAAGAAAACAGGAUGGGGCUCUGGCAGUGACAGCAGCUCUGUUUGUCCCAGUAAAGGGACAUUUUCAAUCCUAGUUUUACCUAAAAGACCCUUUGAAGGGGGUUUCCCAGAGUAAAAAUCCCCUUUUCUUGGUAGGGAAGGCAUGCAGAUUGCCAGCAUUGGAAGGGCCUCAAGGCAGGCUUUGCUCUCUCCUCUUUUUGUUCUGGUCAGUUUAAUAAAAGGUGAAUCCAGCUGGUGGUAGUCAGUUAUUAGUCUUGAAGGGGAGCAGAAGCGUGUGUCCGAGGCCCACACCCCAGCCCUGCCUGGCUGCUGGCUCUCCUGCCACAGGGUAGGGGGGCAGGGGACGUGCAGGUGUGUGCACAGGGAAAUGCAGGUUUGAUGCUGGGGUUGUUUCAGACAGUGCCCACCUAUGAAGAACAUUGGGAAAGAACCUGAGCCAACACUGAGACACACUGGACUGAGCUCCUCUCAUUCCCUACAAGCCAAUGGUCAGGCUGGCUGAAAUCUUAGGCUGAAGAUAAUGGUGGUGGCAACAGAGGCAGAGACACUCCACAAAAAAACCUCCAA